UCAGCCCACGUUGGAGCAGUAGUGUAACCAUGCCAAAUUAGAGAAGAAGAAGAAGAACCCUCUUUACUUUAAUAAUUCCGCAAAUUGCGUGCGGAAAAGUUUUUGCUAUAUAAGCACCAAUGAACCUCUAGAUUCCGUCAUCUUCAUCCUCAAUCUCUUCUCUACCUUCUCUUAAAACCUUGUGAAGUUUCAGUAGCCUGAAUCAAUGGCAAGACUUGUCUUUUUCCUGAUAUCGUCCCUCUCUAUCUAUUUUCACUUCAUAGCUGCCGCAACUGCUACUGCUAUUGCUGCUCCCACAGGUACUUCUAGUUACAAGAACUUUGUCAAGUCGUCCUGCGGCACCGUGGAGUACCCCAAGCUUUGCGUGCAGUUGCUCGCGGUCCAUGCCUCGAAGAUCAAGCAGAGCCCGCAGCAGUUGGCCCGGGCCGCCUUGGCGGUGAGCUUAGCCCGGGCUCAGUCCACUAAGGACUUUGUGGCGAGAGCGGCCAAGUUCAGGGGACUCAAGGCGAGGGAGUACGCAGCUAUAAAAGAUUUGGAAGAGAUGGACGACAGCGUGGACCUGCUCGCGAACUCGGGGAAGGAGCUGAAGAGGGCGGGCGCAUCCAAGGGCCAGGAUUUCCAGUGGCACGUGAGCAAUGUCCAGACAUGGGUCAGCGCCGCGUCGACGGACGCGACAACUUGCCUGGAUGGGUACGCGAGCGCGGCCCUGGAUGGUCGGUUGAAGACUUCGAUCAGGUCCCGCGUGCUUAACGUGGAACAGGUCACUAGCAACGCGCUCGCUUUGGUCAACCAAUACGCCUCAAAGGCGGGAUCAAGCAACGCACCGUGAAGCUGUUUACCAUGUUCCGUCCGAACAUCUUGGGAUGUAUUUUCAUAGCGAUUUGGAUCUUGAUGCCUGUACACAUGAUCUGGUAUGAAAGUAAAUAACUUCGCUUCUGUCGAAAUUUUGCCGUGA